GCUGAAUUUCCGUUCCGCUCAGGACACUCUCGGACCCGGCUGGAAAUAUAGCUUACGAGAGCCUUUGAAGAUCACGAGGAUCAAGGCCGAGACGCCCCCGCGUUCUUAGACUGUUGGAACCCAAGCCACGUCCAGUCGUAGCAGCCUACCUGCCAUCAGUCAUAGAUCCUUACCUACUUACUUACCAUUGGGACUGCUGACUGGUUCAUUCCUCUUAGGUUGCCGAACUGGCGCCUUUGUGAAUUUCUCAAGGGGCUUAUUCCCUGGUUUGGAAGGGGCUUCAAUCUUUUCACUCCGCCAUUACUCAGGCCUUUUUUUUUGUUCUUUGGAUUUUGAUGUUUCCGUCCAACCCCCGGCCACCUCGACACCGACACCGGCACGUCUCGCAGAUGCAACUCGGGCAAACCUCGCAGGUUGCCAAAGCCAAUUACCCAGCGUCUCUCUGGACCAGAGGCUCGGCUCACCCAUUACCUUGGUCGACCUAAACCUGACCCCUCUUUUGGCAUCUGCAUUCUGCAGAUCCUGUUUUUUUUUCUUUGAGGAAGCCAGGCGUCAUCAGUGAUCGACAAUCUUGAACUGGACUAUACCUCGAGCGGCAACUUCGUCUUCGGUAACCCCAUCGCGCUGUACGCCCCUCUACACGCUCAGUUCCACCCACUCACUUGUCGCAUGGCUGCCGUGAUACUUUCAGCCAACACAACACGGCAACACAGCAGCCAACCUGGCGUGGUCUGACUAGCGAUCCAGCUUCGAGUCUGCUCACCUUCGUGACCCCUGCGCAUGCGCUGGCACUCAUCACUCAUCCUGCCUUGGCUGCUCGUGAAUCGUUCCACUAUCCGGAAUAUUACCUGGGCCACGCGAUUGAGGGAUCCUACAGCCGCAUUUCGAGCACUCUCACCUUUCCUGCUACCGGAGCCGGUUCUCAGAUCCGGUAUAGGGUUUGGCCGUGUGGUACAAGGCGAAGAUUAACCACACCUGCGGACUCAUAUCGCAAUUCCACUGCGAGAACGUGCCUAGGUUCAGCUUCGUGCAUUCUUAUGCUUUACGAUUGUGCCACCGGAUCAGCUGUUUCGGGCGAGAGACUAUCCAUCAGUCACUUACUCCCGCCCAGCGAAGCCGGGCGCAACGUCGUGUGUACUCAAUUCGUCGCAGGCAAGGAGUUGUCAUCGACAGCACAAGAUGCCUAUCAUCAAUGGACUGAAGAUGGCAUGGAAAACCGCCUCAUCAAGGAUGACCAUCGCCGGGUCCGCAAACCUAAGCCGUGGCUUCGAAGCUUGGUCCAGAUUUGAGUCUUUAACCAUUCUUGUAGCUGAGCCAUGUAUUCGUGGCCAUCGAUCUACGAAAUGCACUCACGCCAAAGAGCGCCUGAUGGUACCGGUACGAAAACCAGGUCGACCUCUCAGUGUAUGCCCACACCCACCUGGAAAAGCCUGCGGCUGCGGCGGAAUCACAGCGGCCAUUCCUCGAGCUCAGAAGUGUGGCUGCGGACCAGACACCAACUCAGAAACCCCAACGUCGUCGAAGUCUGGGUCUGAAAGUUCGGUAGGCAAGGGUUGUACGUCACCGACGAGACGUGCAUUUCAAGUACAGAAGUCGGGCUCAUCAAGGUCAAAUGGUCGCAAGCAGUCCUUUGAUAUCUCAACCCUCGAGAGAAUGAACCCCGAUAGCUUCAACAUAGUCCCACCACCCCCGUACAAAGGCCCCAGCGGAAAUCUUGGGAGCAUGCCAGGCAGUAAUGGAGAGAAGUCGUUACCAAAAGCCGUAACACAACCUUCUUUAGAAUUUUUGAAUUCAACUCGGGGAAUGUUUGAUGGAUACAGCAACAGCGGCACGGAUUAUUCGUUGAAUCAGCACAUAAACGGCGGAGAACGAAUCACUUCUCCGGUUAUUAAAGCCGAGACACCGCGACCACAUCACACCAACGGAUCUUCUUAUUUCAACGGAACACAUCCCGUAUCCAGCAGCGACGAUAUGGGAUCGACUCCCCGAGUAGGGAGUAAUCUAGAUAACGAAAGGUUAAAUCCGCCCUUGGAUACGCCCCGGAGCUGUUGUGGUAGCAGAAGCAAGGGCACAGACAUGGAACCACAUGCCAACGGCAACGGGCCAAACAACCGCCACGUACGGCCAAAUCCCCUUGCGAUACUGCCCAAUGGCACGUCCCAUAACAUUCAACAAUUCCAAAUGCAGCAUGUCGCCCCGAAUGGCGCGGCGCUGAACGGUCUAGGUCCCGUAAACCCUAUGAUGACUGCCUUUCAUCAAUCCAUAGCACAGUCUAUGUACUUUCCAGCUCAGACAACAGACCCGUCGAUUUACACAUACCCGCCAUUUUACGGCACCUACCAAUAUCCUAUACAACCAGCUGCUCACUGGAGACCUUCGAUGAUGAAUUAUGGGGCUCAAAACAUUGAAGGAUUGCCGUUAGGAGGUUUAACUCAGGGCCCUUCCGUGUCAGAAGCAUUAUCCCAUCAAUGUACCUGCGGCGAUUCCUGCAACUGUCUUGGGUGUCCGGCACACCCCUACAACGACGCCACACAAGCGUACGUACGGUCUGCCAUGAAUAGCAUGUCUGAGGGAUCUUCCAAAAACGGCCAGACACUACAGAACGGUGAUCAUACUAUCCAACUGCCUGCCGAAAACAUUUCGCCAGUCAUACCAACAGCUCCGCUCAAGUCAUCUUGCUGCUCUACGGCACAGCCGGAGCCAGCAUCUACGUCACACCCUUCAUCGCCGCCGCAGGCGCAAACCCCAUCGGAAGCAUCGGUGGCAAGUGAGGAUCAAGUACCACUUUCGGCCAGCGAUUUCCUCUUUGUUACAUACCCAUUUGGCUGUGAAGGCGAAGUGGGCAGUUGUCUCUGCGGUGACGACUGCUCAUGUGUUGGCUGCCUGAUACAUGGCAACGCUGGCAACAGUUUGGACCACGAGGCAUGAUUAUGGUCAGAUCAGGACGAAAACAGUAUCGACCUGGCCUGGAGACCCCGGUGACAAAGUAUGUCACCAUGUUUUGUUGCGUACGCGCACGUUUUAUACGGCCGUGUAUUGAAAUGGAUUGUUUAAACCCAGUGGAAGCCAUUUUCGGCUCACUUGCUUUUUGUUUCAACCCCGUUUAUUAUUAGCAUUUUGAUUACCCCUUUUACUGUGUUUGUAAGUUCAUAAGCAUUUAGCCGGCGCUAGAUACCCAGCAACAAAUUUGGGUCCUGAAAUGAAUUGUUCAUAUAGAUGAACUCAAUUAUAUCAACGUG